GUGAAAAAUAAAAUGAGAACCCCUGGAGGAGUAGUUCGUAUGACCAUCCAUCCACACUCACCAAACUGGGCAGUUGAGUCCCAUCUCCACCUGUUUUCAAAACCAUCGCUGCCUUUUUCAUCUUCAGGUUUCAGGCUUUCAGCUUCCAGGGUUUUUUCUUCAUCCAUUAAAAUUUUCUCCUCCUCAUUUCCAUUCCACCCAUUCAACGGUGAUACAUGCAUGUUGAGUAAAGUUCUAAAAAUGGGUGAUCAUGGUGUUGCUCAUACUAUCCGCGUUCUCUUUUGCGGGCCCCAUUUUCCCGCCUCUCACAAUUAUACAAGAGAAUAUGUGAGAGGCUAUCCAUUUAUAAAGGUUGAUGAUAUUCCAAUUGACAAUGUGCCUGCUGUGAUUGGGGACUAUGAUAUAUGUGUUGUUAAGAACAUGAAACUGAACUCUGAUAUCAUCUCCAAUGCAAAGAAGAUGAAACUUAUAAUGCAGUUUGGAGUUGGGUUGGAAGGUAUUGACAUUAAUGCUGCUAAAGACCAUGGCAUUAAGGUUGCUAGAAUCCCUGGGGAUAUUACUGGAAAUGCAACUUCAUGUGCUGAAAUGGCCAUAUAUCUUAUUUUGGGUCUUUUGCGUAAACAGCGCGAAAUGGAAAGUGCUUUAAAAAAUAAAAAGUUGGGAGAACCAAUUGGUGACACCCUCCAAGGAAAAACAGUAUACAUCAUGGGAUAUGGGAAUAUCGGGAUUCAACUGGCAAAGCGUUUGAGACCGUUUGAUGUGAGAAUACUUGCUACUAAACGAAGUUGGUCAUCAGAUUUGCACAAGGUCAUCAAUGGAACCCACGAAAUGGAGAACACUGACCGGUUGGUUGAUGAAAAGGGCAGCCAUGAUGAUAUUUUGAAAUUUGCCAGCAAAGCCGACAUUGUUGUCUGUUGCUUAGCCAUGAAUAUGCAAACUGCUGGGAUAGUGAACAAUGACUUCUUAUCUUCAAUGAGAAAGGGAGCUAUGCUCAUUAAUAUUGCACGAGGCGGGCUGUUGGAUUAUGAUGCUGUUUUUGAUCACUUGAAAAGCGGACACUUGGGAGGUUUAGGCAUGGAUGUCACUUGGACCGAACCAUUUGAUCCCGACAACGCCAUUCUAAAUUUCCCAAACGUUAUAGUCACGCCCCAUGUUGCUGGUGUCACAGAAUUGUCCUAUAGGUGCAUGGCCAAGGUUGUAGGAGAUGUUGCUCUUCAACUUCAUGCUGGGAAACCUUUUUCCGGGAUCGAAAUUGUGAAUUGAUUUAAGUUUUAAAAAAACUUCCUCAUCACAUUGUAUUCACGAGAGUACGUUGUGCAAUAGCAUUUUCAAAGUUUCUUCAGUACUUCAGACGAUAGAAGUUUGGUUCUUGCUAGCGGGAUGGCAUUGGUGUUGUUUUAUGGUAAACCCGAGAAAGGGUCAUUAUCGUCAACGAUUUCAUGGUUUCCUCUUCUGUAACGCAUGAAAACUCAACAUAUGGUUGAACGAAAAAACCUCUAUUUGGAAAGAUUUUUUUCCUCACGUUUACUUGCAUUGAUGAUCAAGCCCGUGAAUUAAAUAAAAUGGAAAAUCAUUU